AUGUCGUCCUGCCUGCUUGUUUGUCUGCACACUUUGCUGUGGGACCUCCUCAGCGUCCUUGUCAGGAUGUAUUUGACUUUGGCGAAACACAAGAGAGUCAACAAACUCUUCCAUGUGGUGCAGCAGAUUGACUACCUGACGUCCUACAUAGACCUGGACGACCAAGACCCGCACCACGAGACCAGCUCCUCGUCAGGUUCCAGCUCCGACGAGGUGACGGUCAUCAGCGCGCAUCCCUGGGUCUCACAGUCCGAAGACCGCCGAGGGGCCACCCUGAGGAGAUGUCCGCCCAACGGGGUCGGACCUCAACCGCCUGAGUCGCAAAGCCGGCGGAGCGUCAGCGGAAAGACCCUCGGGAGUUCUCCCAAACAAGGAGGGCUUCUGACCUUGGUCCAUAAUUCCGAGUCGUCAUCUUUGUCCCCUCAAAGAAGCCUCCCUGUCAGGCCGCCCACCCCUGGAUUGUCCCCGCUGACCGUGAACUUUCAUGCGCCCGGAAGCCCCCCGUCCACCUCGUCUUCCGUCCUGAUCAGCCCCAUCUCCCCCGUCUCCCCGAGGCCUCAUGCCACCGCCGUCCUCUGCCCAUCUGUCGUGGUCGACCACCCGCCAACCGUGCGCUUCUGCCCGCCCGUGACGCGCCGCCAUCCCUCUGCCAGCUGCCCGCCCACGGACCCGGAGACCUUGUCCCCCGCCGAAGGAGAGAGACGGGCGUCGUCGACGGGGCCUCCCCUCGCAGCGCCCGCCAAACCGGGGCAAGGCCGCAGGGGUCGCAAGCCCCCGCCGUACCCUCACCACAGAUUCUCGGAGCCCAGCAAGGAGCCCCGCAAGGCUCCGCCGUACCCCGAGAGGAGAAGACUGCUGUCGACCACCGUGUGAGACGCCACCGCCGCCUCAGAACAUGCCGGGGCGUUUCAAGGCUGGCCGAGUGGAGCUGAGCGAGGUUCCGAGGUGACAGCACGUCGACUUGGCCUUUUUUUCACCUGGAUGUGGUUGACCUCCUGCUGGGACCCCCGAGGGACACCUGGAGAUACUCAAUGAUUCCUCAAGCGGGCGAAGCAAAGAAGCAGAACACACGCACACACCAUUGGAAACGUGUGUGUGUGUGUGUCACCAGUGGAAAGGAGGCGUGUCCACAACAAUCGCUCAGGGAGAAAACAAAAACAACAAAGAAGUGCUUCCUUCCCCGUGCCUGACUUCAUGUGCUCACCACUUUGCGGCCGGGAAAUACACGGCGGUUCAAACACUUUGGAACUUUUUUUUUUUUUUUUUCUCAACCAUGGUGUGUCUCCAUGGCAACGAGUGGUUGAAAUGCGCGGCAAGGAAAUAAAGAGAAGGAAAGCAAA